AUAGAUUUGAUAAUCUUUAGAGAGUAAAUAAUUUUUAGUUACUCUUUUGAUAGUUAAUUAGUUUAAUACCUAGUCGAAAAUAAUAAUGUUAAAGUUUAAAGAUAAACUCAUUUAGGAUAUCCUAUAUUUUAAGUGAUUGUAAAUUCUGAUUAUAUUUUAGUAAACUUGCAAAAUUUCAACUAUUGCCAAAUCUAUAAAAAUGAUGAUUAAGAUUAAUUUACUUUAUUAUAGCUUAUUUAAACAGCAUCUCGCUGGUAGACAUAUUAGUAAAUUAUACUUUAACCAGAAUACUAAUUGAUUUUAGUGAGUUCUGAUUUCUACUAUAUUCUAUUUGAUUAUUAAACAUUUGAAUUAAUAAAUUUUUAUCAGAGCAAUUCAAGAGUAGAGACCAAUUUUAUGAAGAGGAAAGCUACUCUUCUUAAUAAUAAUUAAAUUUUUGUGUAAUUUGGGUAGAAUUAUUUAGUAUAUGGUCCUAGUGAAUAUCCUGAAUAGAAAUAAUUGAAACUCAUUUAAUAAUAUUUUGAUAGAAAAUAAUUUUAUGAAAAUAUUUAUUUAAAAGUUGAAUAAGUAUAAUCGGAUUACAUAAUAAGCAUUCUUUCAUAUAAUUAUUAUGGUAUCAAUUACAUGAUGACAGAUAUCAUAGGUCAAAGCAAUUGCUAAUAUAAUACUAAUGUUGCUGAUUAUUUUUAGCUAUAAAAAAGACUUUAAUAAUAUUUUAAUUUGAGGGAAAAUACUUUGCUUUUUUAUGGUUUUUUAAUGUAACAUUACGUUUAUUUAAAUAUGUAUGAAAAUUUUAAGUUUUUAAGAUUUCCAGUGUAGAAUGUAUUCUAAUAUAUCCUUAGAAUAAAUGGAACUAAUUAUGUUGAGGGAAUUAUUAAUUUAAAUUAAUUAAUCAGCUCAUAAACUUUAUCAGAAAUAAGUUUUUACAAUUUAAUAAUUCAUUUGUAAGAAGAAGAAGACCAAUAACAGCAAUAAUAAAUAGGAAGUGUUUAGUUACAAUAAUUAUAAUUUCUUUCAUGUGAAAUUAUCUUUAACAAUAAAACUUUAAUUGCUUAAAAUCUGUUAUCUUUUAGUUUUAUUAAUGUCAGUAUUACUAAUCAAAAUAUUGAAACUUCCUUAAUUAUUUAAAACACAUAAAAUUUAAUUAUGGUAGAUAAUAACUUUGCUGAUAAUAAAAUAAAUACAAAACAAUUUGUUACUUUUAACAACACUGUUGAUUAUUAUAAGGAUUCAGAAUUUAUUUUUAGAAAUAAUAAUUUGUAAAUAACAAAAUUAAUUUGA